GAUCUUAGGAAUCAACUAGAGAAAUUACAUGGUGAAAUGACUGAGAAAGAAAAAGCAGUUGAACAUCAUUACAAUAUUCUUUUGAGCGAAAGCAAUCAGAAGUUGCGAAGCCAAGAACUAGUUAUCAACCAGCUAACAGACAAUGUCAAUCAAAAGGAUCUACUGCUUCAGAAACUUGAUGGAACAGUUAAAGAAAAGGAUGCAGAAUUGCAGGAGUUCCUGCAUAAGUACAAGAACCUUCUAAGAACUAAUGAAGAACUUGAACUGAAAAAUGAGGGUUUAGUAAAGGAACAACGUGCUGCACAGUCUCAACAGUCAAUUGUCAAGAUAGUCAGAGAGUUAGAGGAAAAUAAAGAAGCUGAAUAUGAAAAGCUGAUCCUUGCUUUAAGAAAGGAACAAAAUAUUUAUUCUACACUAGUGAAGACCUUCAAAGAAUCAGAUAGUAUAAAUAGCUUGCAAAUGGAACUAAACAACAUUUUUAUGUUGCGAAAACAACUAGAAGAAGAUGUUUUAGCUAAUCGGAAUCUGCAGAAGGUCUUAGAAGAUCAGAUUAAGGACAUUAAAAACCGACAAGAUGAAACACUAUCUUUCUGUGGAGAUCAAACAUCUUACAUGAGUAUCUGUUUAGGAGAGCAAGAUCAUUUAAGCCUACAGAUAGACCAUCUGUCUCUUGAAGAACUUAAGAAAAAGGUUACUGACCUUCUCUUGAUGGUUAAGGAUCUGCAGUCAAUUAAUCAAGAACUUAAGAAAAAACAGCUUGGCCUUUGUACAACAGAUUCUCAAGGGAAGGAAGCACUAAAAAUAUUAAACCACAGUGAGUGUCUUGAAAUAACAGAGGAGCCUGUGAUGCAGACUGAAGAUGGUGACAAUGACAGGAAGAUGCAGAACGGUCUAGUUUCUGAGAGGGUCAGUCAGGUAUGCCUUCAAGUAUCUUUGGAUUUUCCUUCUGAGCUGGAUAAACAGAUAACUCCAUCAGGCUAUUCAGACAGUUUCUGCAAAGAUAGACAAUAUAGGAGUCCAAAUGAGCCUCAGUUUGAACAUGAUACAACUGGCAAACACUUUGGCAGCAUAGGAAUGAGUGAACAUGAAACAGAAGAUAACUUGCUCACAUCUCUUUUAAGAGAAAAUAGAACAUCUGUACUGGAAUCUACCAGAGAAGAACAAAUGAAAAUUGUAAAUGAACUGUUAGAUCAUCUGAACACAACUGAGGAAGAAUGUUCAAGUGAAGAUAUAGAGAAAAAGGAUGAAAAAGAUCUUAGGCAAAUGAUUAUUCAACUAAGAGCUGAACUCAAACAUUUCAAGCAGGUCAAUAAAUUCUUAAAGCAGCAAGUAGAACUGAAACCAACUUUUGAUGGAAAAGAGAAACUUUAUCCAGAUGCAAUGCCACAGAUUAAUAAGGAUAUUGAGUUGUUAAAAGUGGAAUUGAAAGAUGCAGCUACACAAACAAUGACUUUAGAGAGUAAUGUCAUGAGAUUCAAACAUGAAGGCAAAAAAGAAGCCUCAGAAGAAAACCCAAAAUAUUCAAGAUUAAAUGCAGAAAGAGAACAUCAACAAGAAAAUGUGUAUAAGAAGGGUGAACAGCAUGAAAGACUUUUUUUUACAAGGAGAGCAAAUGAAACUGAUUCUGCCUACCUGCCCAAGAAGUCCCGUCUGCCCGUUCUCUUAAAAUCAUCCAGACCAUUAGGAAAUGUGCCUUUGAACUCCUGUAUGCAGAAGUCAGAUUCGGAACUGCAGCGUCAUACCGGGGUACCUUAUGAAAGCCUGAAAGCAUGUGAAGUACGAAACAAACAAUUUCAGCCACAAACAAAUGGGGAGUUAUUAUUGAAUGAGUCUGUAACUGAAAACCUUCAAGAAGAGCCUGCACAGGAAAGCACAUCACUGAGAGUUGACUCAUUGCUCAAACUGGAUAAUAGUGAGGCCCAGGUGGAGUUGCAAGGUGUUGAUCUGGGUACAGGGGGCAAGAAUGAAUAUGCGAUGGACAAAAAACAGCAAAACUGUCAAGAAAUGCAAAAUCAUCAUAACAUUAGCAACGUGAAUAUCCAGCAUUCAUUAAAAGAGAUAAAUGAAGACUUUUAUUCCAUGGAACAUGAGGACAUUGACUCAGCCACUGCAUAUUCAGGUUCCAAGUGCCUGCAUUCUCUCAAAAUGAGUGUAACAAGUACAGAUGCACUUGAUGACAGUGAAGUCAUAGGUGAUACAGAAGAAUUGAAACAAAGAAUUAAGGAUAUGAAGUCUGAGCUUGAAAAGUACAAAAUGUUCGUGUUUCACUUACAGACCUCUGAUCAGCUUUUAUCAAGUGGUAUUUCCAAUAUAGUUUUGAGUGACGCAGCCUUGCCCGUGGAAGGACAUGUUACACAAGUGCAAGAUGCAGCUAUGCAAGAAAUCAAAACAUUUUCUGGUGUACCUCAGCCGAUGGAUUAUGAGAUCCACACCGAAAACAGGAAUUCAGAGUCUUCAAAAGCAGCUGGUACAUGGACAGCAGAAAACCUUAAGGAACUACUACCAGCAAAUGAGGCAGAACUUGAAAAAGAGCAAAUUGCAAAUAUGCAUCUUGGUGAAAUGUAUCAUCUUCAGAACAACCUGAGAGAAACAUCACCAUCCAAAUAUGAUUCAUUAGUUCAUUCACAAGCUCGAGAACUCUUCUUUCAACACCAACAAAUUAAAGAGAUCCACAGUGGUUGUGUCGCUUACCAUCAACAUCUGACAAGCCUUAUUAAAGCUUUUGAGGAACUGCUUCAAGCCAGUGAUGUAGAUUAUUAUGUUGCUGAAGGCUUCCGUGAACAACUGAAUCAAAGUGUACUAUUGUUUGAGAAGCUAGAAAGGAAAUUCCUGUAUGGAGAAUCAAUAGGUGCAGAAGUUACUAUACUUUAUGAAUUAGCUCAAAGGGAUAAUGAGAAGAACACCACAAUGUACCAGCAACUGAAGGAUGAAUCACCUGUACCAUCUGCUCUUCAUAGCUUGUCUGACUUUGAUUUGUCAGAAAAGUCGUCUCUCGGAUCACCUGAGCGCAGGCAUGACCUAGAAGGACAGCAUGGCACACUGGCACUUCUGCCAAACAAGUUUCCCCCAGAGUUAUUAAUGGAGCAUCUGCAAGAAAUUAGAAUCCUGAGACAACGUUUAGAAUACUCCAUAAAAACUAAUGAGAGACUGAGGAAGCAGCUUGAGAGACAAGUAACGGACAAACAACUAGAUCAAGGUUCUGCAAACAUUUUUAUCCAUGGCUCAGAGCAGCAUAAUUCCCUGACUUCUGAAAUACAUUUCCUGAGGAAGCAAAAUCAAGUUCUGAAUGCAAUGCUAGCAAAAGGAUCCAGAGAUAAACAAAAGGAAAAUGAAAAGUUAAGAGAAUCUCUUUCUAAAAAGAAUGCAUUCAUUGAGCAUCUUCAUGAGGAUUAUGGAUGCCUCAAGAAAGAAAAUGAAAGGUUGCAAAAACAAAUUGGCCAAAAGGAGGAUGAAACCAGAUAUCUGACAUGUCAGAUUUACAGCAGUCGUAAUGAAUUAAACAGGUUGCAAACAGAAAUUAAUGUAAAGCAACAUAAGCUUUCUGAGAAUGAGAAAUUACUGCAGUCACUCCGAACUGAGAUCAAGGUUUAUGAAAAGUUGGAAGAAGCAAGAAAAAAGAGGACAGAUCCCAGAUGUGAUGCAUCAGAAGAAUUCCGAAAAGAUCAGAAUAAUCCACUUGACUUACAUGAACUAUUGACUGAAAUACAGAGUUUGCGAGUGCAGCUUGAAAGAAGCAUAGAGACAAACAAGUCUUUGCAUGAAAAAUUAGAGGAACAGCUUUCAAAAGAAAAGAGAGAGGAAGUGGGAUCAGUGUCAGCUGUGAAUAUCAACUAUCUUUUCAAACAAGAAUCUCAGCAUUAUGCAGGAAUGAAUGAAAAUCUUUGCAAAUGUCCUGCUACCAGCAGAAACAUUUGUGAGUUGCAGAAACAUGGACAUUGCAUUUCACUAGCAAAACCAGGUACACACUCAGCCUCUAAAGAUGACUUAGACAGCACUUCACACUGCAGUAGCACUUCAUCUUCCAGUAUGGCAUGUACCCCUCGUCUUGUGCCUGGACAUCGUAUGUGGGCAGACAAAAAUGGGCGCCACGUUCUUGGCUUGAUUGAGGAUUAUAAUGCUCUGCGGAAACAGAUUUCAGAAGGGCAACAGGUUUUAGCAGAAAUGGAUAUUUCUUUAAGAGAGGUCACUGGUACGAAACUGCAGGAGCCUGGAAUAAAGGUACCAGACCAGGCAUCACUGCAUAGCUUUUCUGCAAAUAUUCACACAGUGCAGCAGAUUUUAGAAGAGGCUGCACGUUUACUGAAACUUCUCUGGAGAAUUUCCCUUCCCCUGAAAGCUGUACAUGGUACUACUCAUGGCACUCAG